GGAGGUGCCAAGACUUAACUUCGAUGAUUUCUCAGAAGAGGAUCAGGACAGUGAUGAAGAUGAAGAGGCUAACGAGAAUCACAACACAAGAUCUCUGUCACAGUUUGUGUCUGGAACUUUGCUAUUACACAAAGCAUCAGUUCUAGAAAGCUUUCAUCUCAACAGUACCUCAGAAUGUAGCCCUUCCGAGAUUGGUUUAUGGGUUAGAAUCGCUGUAGAUCGCUUCGUGCGUGACAUUAAAAUAUGUUUUUAUUACGAUCACUGUCUUGUUUUGUUGCCGAGUAGGUUUUUUAGAUGUGUAACACUCGAGUCUUUAGAACUCAAUAGAGUGAUUCUCUUGGAUGUUCCUUCACACUUUACCUUCCCAUCCCUCGUGAAGUUAAGACUUCUCUCUGUCAUUUACUCUGAUGAUGAAUCUUUCUCCAGAGUUAUAUCGAAUUGUCCUGUCCUCGAAGAUUUAGUUGUGGAGACUUGUCCUGAAGACAAUGUGGUGGCUUUCAUUGUUGACUUGCCUUCCCUACAGAGUUUAUCUGUUAACACUGUCCCAGAGACACCACAUGAUGACCAUUUGUUUGUGAUACAUUCCUCCAAGUCUUUGAAGAAGUUGAACAUUGUGGAUUACUUUGGUGAACUUGAGCUGCUUGGUAGUUUCCGCAAACUUGUCGUGGCAAAUCUUCAAUCUAUGUCUUACCAUGCCAAUGCUCUGGAGUCUUUUACCUUUGUUAGGCGUCUUUGUGUAUGCUUAGCUGAUGAGGCUCGGUAUCCUCGUGGUACAGUUUUGUUUCAGCUUGUACGUUUGGAGCUAUGUUCAUGUGAUGAUAGCUGGACGGAUAUGCUUGUGAGUUUGCUCCAACAUUCUCCUAAACUACAAGCUCUCAAGCUUGUCCUGGACCAUGGGAUACUUAAGUACCGUAAGGUUCGUUGGAUCCAGCCGAGGCGUGUUCCUGAGUGUUUGUUGUUACAUCUCAGGACUUUUGAGUGGAGAGACUAUGAAGGAACAAAAGUUGAGAAAGAAGUGGCUGUUUAUAUUUUGAACAAUGCGAAGCGGUUAGUGACUGCAACUAUUUAUCCUCCUGUUGCAGUCAGCUUGGUGCGCAGACAUCAGAUGUUUGAGGAAGUGGAGAUUGCAACCAGGAGUUCAAGAGCAUGUGAGCUUACAAUGGGCUGUUGAAUUAAUCUUACUAAAGUGUAGACAACUGUCCAGUUCACCAAUUUUGACUGUGAAUGUAUUACCAGAAGUGGUGGUAGUUUGUUUUAUCAUUGAUCUGUAUCUUGUGACUAAGAAGGAAGACAACAACGUUUAUUGUAAUAGUAGAUGUUUU